AUGUUACCGUCUAGAUCAGAGAUCCUCAUGAAUUCAUUCUACUUUGGGCCCAACGAUUCAGUUAUCGAGAGAGCUCAGGAUAAGCCCGAGCCAGAGGAUUAUCUCGGCUACACAUCCAUGAUGAACCCGGUGCCUUUAAUCACAAAGGCCGUCAUUGUCUGUAUUCACUACUUCAACACUCGUGGUGAACUUCGAUCUCACAACGCCAGCGGCAUAGCUGCCUUUUUACAACAAGUUUACGGCUGCCCUGCUGAGAACAUCAUCAUACUAUCCGACAUAUACUCUCGACCGACGAGUCAACCUACCAAGCGUGCUAUUCUGCAAGCGAUAAAUUGGCUCUUUUCGGGAUCCUUACCUGGAGACCGCCUGUUCUUUUACUCCAGCGGUAGGACGUCCCCGCCGAAUCAGGGAUAUGACGGGACGCUGACAAGCCAGGGCACGGCCAACCAGAUAAACCGAUAUUUCCGGUCGAUUUCAGAGAAGCAGGGUUCAUAA